GCUUUUAAUUUGUUGGUUGUUUUUCAUGACCUUCACUAUCGUGCAUGCUACCUGGAAAUGUAAUGAUGGACAAGAGCUCAGCGCCUUCAGCAAGAGAUGCGAUGCCCGAAUAGACUGUUCUGAUGGCACUGAUGAAACCUUUCUCGAAUGCCACAAAGCGAACUGCACAGAGCAUCAGUGCUCGUAUGGCGGCUGCUUCAGCGAGAGCCAGCUGUGCGAUGGCACCCCUGACUGCUGGGACAAGACGGAUGAGCAUCCACACUUUUGUCACAAAGAGCUAAUGACAGAACCAGAGCCCAUGAAGACUUUUAUCCAGGAGAGAUGCUUGGAGAAUCAGAGUAGAUGCUCUAGAACGGAGUGUUUGGAUAAGAAGUAUUUCUGCGACGGCAUCAGGGAUUGCCCGGAUGGCAGCGAUGAAACCAAUGGGAACUGCAUUGCUACCACAUGCCCCAGUGGCACAUUUCGGUGCGCCUACGGUGGCUGUCUGGAAAAUGCGAAGGCAUGUGAUCAUGAAAUCGAUUGCUGGGACGGAACCGACGAAGUGCCAUUCAUAUGCUUUGAAAUGCGGGGAAAACCGCAGGGCAACUUGUGGCCCAGUCACAUCCCGAGAAGGAAUACAACAAGCCGGACCACAUCGCCAGUGUUAGUUUAUCCAAAAGUGAAAACUGCCUCGAGUGCCCCUGAGCCUUCGUCCGUCAAUGGUAGUUGCAUCGUUCCUAGCAGCCUCAAGAAUCUGCAUCUGAAAACACUGUUCAAUGUGCUGCCCUAUACGUUUGGCUCAUCGAUAUCCGAUUCGGUUGUGGUGCGAUUGAGCUGCUAUGGGAAUAGCCAGCUAAAUGGCAACGAUCUAAACCACUGCCUCCAUGGCAUUUGGCAGGGACCCUGGCCCGAGUGCAUUCCCACCUGCUCGCUCAGACCAUUCAACAAAGAUCUCUCCAUUCGGGCUUUCUGCAUGUACAAGGAUGAGAUCAGGAACUGCAAGACCCAGAACACCAUUGGGACCUCAGCCACUGUAACUUGUGCUCCCGGCUACAAGCCCACUGAUAUAAUCACUUCAGAGAUCCGCUUAUGCGAGAAGCAGGCUAGUUCUGGAAUCGCCGACUGGAAGUUCAUAAAACCAACUCGAUUACACUGCAUUCCAGACUGCGGCAAAAUUCAUCCAACCGUUAAAAAUGAUCCCUGGCUUGUUAGCAUAUUUCAAAGUGAUGUCACAUUGUCGAACUAUACUUUCAAAUGCCGUGGCAUAAUCGUCAGUCCAUGGCGCGUUAUCGCUGUAAGACUCUGCAUCAAUGAGGAGAAUCCGAUGCGGUAUGCCAUUGCCGAAGGAAUUCAAUUGGCCAGCUUUACGAAAAAUGGGGAGCAUUCCUAUAUGCUCCACAACGUGGCCAGUAUAUUUAAUAGCCAAAAAUUAUCGCUUCUAAAAUUGGUUAAUCCCCUGAUACUUUCGACAUCGGUGCGACCAAUUUGCAUGCCGUCAAGGGAAUACAAUACGAAUUCUUCGGAACUCACUAUUACUUCGGAUACUCAGAAGAAAUAUAGUUUAGUCAGUAUCGAAGAAUCAAUGCUGAAACAGAUAGACAUGGAUUUUCACUGACAUAAAUAAAAAAAAAAAAUAUAACGAAAAGAUAAUUUCUGAAAACACAAA